UGGAAAACUCACAAUGGAACUCAUAAGGAAGGAGAAAUCUCGUAUCACAACUUUCCAAAAGAGAAAGAGGGGUCUAAUGAAGAAGGCUUAUGAAUUCUCCACCCUCUGCGGCAGUGACACUUGUAUGAUCAUCUAUGGUCCUAAAUCCGGUGACCGGGAACUCGAACUUGGCACCUGGCCCCAAGACCGUGCCGAAGUUGAUCGCAUUAUCAACAAGUAUAAGACCGAUAGCACGCUCAAACGUGCAAGGGGGGCCUUUGAUUUGUCGGACUUCUUCGUAGACAGGAACAAGAGGGUUGAAGUUGAGAUUAAAAAAUUGCGCAAGAAUAUUCUCAAGGCAAAGUACCCAACAUGGGAUGAUCGCAUCGAGCUUUUGACAGAGGAUCAAUUAAGGUUGCUUCUUGACGUCAUGGACGCAAAGAUUGAAGGUGUAGGACUGAGGAUUAACAUGAUGAAAGGGAAUCAGAACAUGAUGGAGAAAGCAACAACAUCAAGGUUGGUUGCAGGUGGCCGCAAUGGCCCUCAGCCUGAAGUAAUCAGAAGCCAUUUUAAUAGCAUGCAAGCCUUGUAUCAAGACCAGAUGUCUAAAUCUCCUUUGAAUCCACUUGAAACUCAAUGGACCACCCCACAAUUCCAAAAUGAUCAUCAGGGAUCUCAGAUGCUAAUUCCAUUUGAUCCGAGUCUUGGGGAUAAUUCUUUCAUGAGGCUGCUACAUGGUACUCAAGAUCAUUGGACUCAACUCGGCGCCGGGUCUGCUAGCCAAACUCAUGCGCCCCUGAAUGAUCUUUCUAACUACAACAUGAUGUCCGGGGUUUUGGACAACAUGAUUUGGAACAAUCCAGGUGCCCCGAUGAACUACAAUGAUCUAAUGAUCACCAGACAAUUGACGCCACACCACAUAUUGCAAUGCCCGACAAUGCCAAAUCUAAAUUACUCGCAUGUGCAUAACUUUCAAGUGAAUGAGUUAUAUGAUAUUCAUGAGUUCGAUAUGAAGAACAAGCAUUUGAUAUGAA